ACCAGCGACCCAUCAGGCGGCCUUAUUUCUACACCAGAGUUGCCCUGCACAGGAGAUCUCCGAAAGGCGGGCGGCGGCGGCGCGGUCGAGCGGGAGAUGGCGACGUCGCUGUCGCAGCUGGACGACGGCAUCGUCCGCGGCAUGGCCAUCGGCGCAGUCUUCACCGACUACGCCGGGAAGAUAAACUGCCUCGAUUUCCACCGCAAGGAGGAUCUCCUCGUUACCUCGAGCGAGGACGACUCCAUACGCCUCUACAACAUCACCAGCGCCACGUUGUCGAAGACAACAUAUCACAGGAAACAUGGUGCUGAUCGUGUCUGUUUUACUCAUCAUCCGAGUUCUAUAUUAUGUUCUUCGAGAUACAAUCUAGAGUCAGCAGAAUCGCUUCGCUAUUUGUCACUAUAUGACAACCGUUGCUUGAGAUAUUUCAAAGGACACAAAGACAGGAUUGUUUCAUUAUGUAUGUCUCCUGUGAAUGAUAGCUUUAUGUCUGGAUCACUUGAUCACAGUGUCAGAAUAUGGGAUCUUCGUGUAAAUGCUUGUCAGGGUAUACUACGUUUGCGUGGUAGGCCUUCUGUUGCAUAUGAUCAACAGGGACUUGUUUUUGCCGUAGCAAUGGAGGGAGGCGCAAUUAAGCUGUUUGAUUCUCGGUCGUAUGACAAGGGUCCGUUUGACACUUUCUUGGUUGGUGGAGAUACAGCUGAAGUAUCAGACAUUAAAUUCAGCAAUGAUGGCAAGUCUGUGCUUUUGACGACAACUAACAACCAUAUAUAUGUUCUGGAUGCAUAUGGAGGGGAUAAGAAGUGUGGCUUCAGUUUGGAGCCUUCUCCUAACAUAACAACAGAAGCUGCUUUCACUCCAGAUGGUCAAUAUGUAAUAUCAGGAUCUGGUGAUGGUACCUUGCAUGCCUGGAACAUCAAUACAAUAAAUGAGAUUGCUCGCUGGAACAGUCAUAUUGGUCCUAUCACUGCUUUGAAAUGGGCCCCUCGUCGAGCAAUGUUUGCGACUGCGUCAACUGCACUAACUUUCUGGAUUCCCAAUGAAUCCAAUUCGAAUUAGGUCAGGGAAAGGAAAGAUGGAACACAGAACAUGCUAACUUAACAAAAGAUUUGUAUCCUGUCCUGUCCUUUACAGGAUAUCAUGUAUGAAGUGUCACUUGCUUUAUUACCAUCUGUGGAAACAAUGAUGCCGAAUAUAUUGUAGCACCCCCUUUAAUUUCGUGUGUAAUAUUUAUAUUCUCGUUAUAUUCUCUUUGUAUUUCUA